AAAAAACUUGGGACACUUAUCUGCCGCUUAAAUAGUUUAAUCUUUAUAUUUUAUUUUAAUGCGUCGGUGAUUUUCAAUUAAACGACAUUUACUUAAAUGCACUCAAUUAUUGCGUUGUGGAUGAUACAAAAGUAUAAUAGUAUCCUAUUAACAACGUCUAUUCGUUUCUUGGAUAAAACCUAGACGUUUUUUGAACACAAUGGAAGCCGGCAGUAAUCUCUGAAUGUUAACCUGAUCAACAUUUCAUAACAUCCAAUAUUAUUACACGAUCUGUCAGUCAUAAGACGACGUCUCUGUUCAGCAAUGAAGUCUUAUAAAUUGACCGUUCACCAAAAAGCUUUUAGCAGCUCAGAACUCAUUGUGAAUCGCAAAGAUUUUCCCAAUGCCGUUGAAGGAGAUAUUGUUGAGGUUUAUCAUUCGGACUCGGAACACAAUAAGCUAUUGCUGCAAAUUUUGGCUUUUAAAGACGAUCUCCAAAGCAAAGAUACAAUUAGCAUUGAACAAAGUAUAGCCAGUUUGUUUCAAUUAAGAGCGUACAGCGAUGUCACCGUAAAUAUAGUCCGUCCAGAAUCAUUCAUACUUGACACCGUUGAGCUAACAUUCAAAGACCAGUAUCUCGGGCGUUCGGAAAUGUGGCGUUUAAAGAGUUCAAUGAUCAACACUUGUGUAUAUAACAAUAAAAAAAUGGAGUUUUACGGUGGAUAUAUUCGUGUGCAAGUGUACGAGAUGUGGGCGAAGGGGAAAAUAGUGUCGUGUGGCGUUAUCAAUCACGAUACAAAGAUUAUUUUCAGAUCGGCGACUAGUAUGGUCUAUGUCUUUAUACAAAUGAGUUCCGAAAUGUGGGAGUUUAACUUCUUAGGCGAUACUUAUUUUGAGAAGGCCGUGGACGGUUUUCUGUCGGAUUUGUUCGAAAAAUGGAAAUAUUUCGGUAGUAAUCAUGAAGUGACUUUAGUUCUGUUUUCUCGAGUAUUUUAUAAAGCUAAACACUUAGACGAGUUCCCGGAGACGAUGAGAGAAUGUCUUCAAGUGGACUACAAGAAUCGUUUCUAUGAAGACUUUUACCAGGUAGUUGUUCAAAAUGAACGAUACGAAGAUUGGUCUGCGGCAUCGUUGAUGUUACUUCGGAGGCAUUAUUAUACUUAUAAAAAUGACGUUUUAAACUAUCACAAUAAAGUGCUCCGGGAGUCUGGUAUUGUAGCCGAUCGAAUACCCGAAGGUUACUUAUCUCAAGCGCCUCAAGGAAAUUUCCUCGAGGUAUUGAAUAUGGCGUUGAACGUUUUUGAAAAACAUUAUAUCGAAAGAAGCUUGGACCGAACCGGACAGUUGGCCAUUGUUAUAUCUCCGGGAAUGGGUGAAUUUUAUGUCGAUAGACAAUUGACAAACGUGACAAAACAAAGAGUGAUGGACAAUGGAGUGGGAAUUGAUUUAAUUUGCGUUGGCCAAGAACCUUUAUAUGCAGUUCCGCUGUUUUUGUUCCAAAACCGCGAUGAAUCAUUGGGCGACGAUUGUAGUAUACCGCACUGGAUAAAUUUAAGCUUCUACAGAAGUAAAGACAUGCCUCCAAAGUCUGUGUUUGUGCCACGCAUAAAAGUGCCCAGUCGAUUUUCGAACACCAAGUUGAAUCGUCCUAAAACUGGUUUGAGAGUGAUGUUGUCGACGACCAAUUUACCAGCUUCGAUGCAAAUUGGUUUUACGAAUUGUGCCGAAGACUACAUGAGCUACGAUAACGACUUGUUUGAAAAAAGGAAAAGAUCGUAUUUUCCUCGAUUUAGAAGUAUAAACAAUAUUGUUCCGCCUGAAAAAAAUCCAAGCAGGAAAGCGAAAAUCAGUACAUUUAGUUUCGACGCGUGUUCAGAUCGGUCGGCGGUCGUCUCUAGCCGCAGUCUCUCACCUUUCAAACAACGCAGCAUAACUCCGCCGCCGAAAAACCCUUGCGACACCAAUUUAUCACCGUUGAAUAGAAAUAGAAGCCAGAGUAUUGACGAUGGGAUGAAAAAAGUUGAAAAAUAUGACGGAUUAGAUGACGAUCAACUAAAACGUGUCAGUGAGGGCUUCAUCGAACCUAACCGUGUUAGGGGCCUGAUAAAUCCAUUUGAUAAGUCGCAGUUUAUUUUCAAGUUGACAUCGAACCGGAGACGAUGGAGUCAUACGUUUUCAGAAAAAUAUAAUAAAUUACAAAAAGCCAACGAAGAUGUCAUCGAAUUGGUUGGCAACGCCGAAAUGGACAUUGAUGAAACCACCGAUCUGGCUAUGAAUAAUAAUUGCAAAAAAAAUAUUGAUGUCAAUAUGGAUAUUGAAAAAUUGUUAAAAAACCGAAUUGAAGAAAAACAGAACGUCCAAAAUGUCCAUCAAACAACCUUUGGUGAUUUUGAUUGGUUAAACCGGUUUUCUCCUGGAGUCGAUUGGAAAUCGCUAGUGUUUCCCGCGUGUCUUCCCAUAACUACGGACUAUUUUCCCGAUGACGUCACGCUUCAGUCGUACUACGUAUUUUCCAACUACAAUUUGUUACCCGAAGACGUCAAUGCCGAUUUCGCUCAGCAAAGAGCCGUUUACCGACAGCCGCUAUCCACUAAACAAGUAUUUUAUCAAAUGGUGUCUCAACGUCUAGCGCAGGGUUUCCAGUUGGUCGUUAUUAAAACCGAAAGUCAGGCCGUGGAUCAAACAAAAAAAAGGAUAAGCAGUAUUGUGAUGAGGUCGACGCCGCCUAUCGCCGAUUCGUACGUUGAGAUGCGUCUGAGCAUCGGCAGGAUAGUUCAUACGUUGACCUUAUGCGAUUCAGAAAUCCGAGUCACUCGGUACCGACCUAGGUUUCCCUAUGCGUCGUUUGAGAUACAAUAUCGAUAUCGUUUUCAAGCUCCAGAUCAUUCGACGUACGGCAUAUCGUGGAUAUCAUUUGUCACCGAAAAACUAGAAAACUACAACUGGAACUACAUGGACCAUUAUCUGUGUACUCGCGGUGAUACCGAUUACGCUUUGCAUGAGAAAUUAAAAUACUGGCGGUUUCGAAUGUACCUCCUUCCUUAUCGUCUCGAAGCCACCAGCACCAUUAUGGAACACUUGAACGAUAAUGUCUAUUGCGAUAUCUACAAGUCGCCGACAACUGAAGAACAGUACGGUUUUACGAAUAAAUUCAUCAAAUUCAUUGAAACCUGGGUGAACCGCCUUAAGCGAUCGACAGCAGUCGCUAGCGCAAAAAACACCAACGAAACAGCCGCCGUGUCUCCUUACAGAGAUCGACUGAGUUCCAUUCGCAGUAACGGCACUGAGAAAUCGCGUCCCAGAUCGGGAUCCAAAGUAUACGAUCGAGGAGCAGUCGCCGCCACGUCGGCUGAUAGUCUAGCCGACGACAACAACACUAUCGACGAAGCCGAAAGUAAAUCCGUCUCGAAUUUAUCGAAUUCCACGACACAACCGGUGACCAAAGAAAACCUAUCCAACUCGGAUUUGGCGGAACGCAUGUGCAACACCCAACUCGGCGGUGUAGGUUUCGUCAACAAGCACACGGCCGGUUUGCCGGCAAAUACUUUUGUCAGUAACGAUGCCGUCACGUGGCUCAUGAACAACGAUGUGUCGUACAGCAGACACGAAGCGGUCGACAGGAUGCAGGAAAUGUUGAACGAACAUUUAAUUUGUCACGCUUCCGGUAACUACGAUCAUCCUUUUAUCGACGGAUUCUACAUGUAUUAUUUUAUUCCCGAAUCGUUACUCCACUUAUCGUUUCCUAAGCACGACUUUCAAGCUUUCGAAAACGAAUGGGUCGAAGUGGAAGUGAAGCAACCGAUCCCGUAUCUCAACACGGCUUUCUUGAUGGAUCAGCUUUCGAUAGAAGACGACGAUCUCAAGCACAAUAGCAAAUGGCGAGUCCCGUGGUACAAGGAAGCUCAUUUGGAAAUGGACGUUAACAGCAAAAGUGAUCGCGUGGAAUGGGGUCACGCUCGAUAUCAAACGCUAUACCGAUGUGAUCGAGCCUAUGAAAUCAUGGCCGAGUGGGUUGCCGCGUCUGGUUCGAUUGUAGCCGAUUUGAUUUACAAUUGGGCUCGCAAAGCUCAGAGCGGCGGUUUCCAAUUGAUUCCUCUGCCAGCCGACCCGUUUGCUUUGCCGUACACGUUGAAGUCGGAUCCUCUGCGAGGUCCAGUGUUCGUUCCUCUCAACUUGGAAUGUCUCAUGCCCGACGGCGGAGUGAGUUUAUUUCACGAGUAUCCGGAAGAUACGUGGCCGCGCAGAUUGCUGUUGCUCCAGCAAUGCAUUUUGUACCGUUUCGGAUUUAUUGUGAUAUGCAAUAACAAUAAUUUGGUUGAAAACGCCAACCGCGGCGGAUCUGGAGGCAACAGCUGUGGCCGGAGUCAGCAGCAGCAGCAGCAGCAGCAAUCGUAUCACAAUCAAUACAUUCACUCGACUGGUAACGUGUUCGUGUUGAUAUUGUCCGACUUGAUUAGCGACGAAGCAAUGGCCGACGCAACCGAUGCGUGCACCAUGGAAAAAGAGAGCGAUUGUCUGUCGGCCGACCACGUCAACGGGCUGGACGAAUUGGACGUCAGGAACGGAGGGAAUCACCAUCAGAACCAGGAAUUGAGCCAGCACCAAGAACACCAUUACCUGCAACAGUUUAGCCCUCACAUGGAGUACGUGGUAUCGCGGCACGUUUACCAGCGUCCAAAAGAAAACAGCGAUGCCAAACGAGAAAACAGGGUCGGCUUCUUGUGGGCGUGGAACCAUAUGGUGAGCAGACGAUGGAAGUGGUCGAAUCCGGCAACGGGCGAUGAACAGUUCCAGAAUCGGCUACUGGAAGACUUUCGAAAUUUUUGCGCCAACAGCGACGGACGUCUGGUCCGGUAUUGGCGCCAUUGCAAGAGCCAACAUCAAAAUAUCAGUAACAGUCCAAACAUAUAAACUUAUGCUUGACGAUGCCGUAGAUGGGUGUACGGUGAGUUCGGUAAGACGGGCGCAUUUCAAAUGUAUUUAAACUGAAUUAACUACUUAAAAGAAUAACUUUUUUUUUUUAUAACAUUAUUACAA